AAUAAUCAAACAAAUAUACAAACAAAAAUGAAGUCAUUCCAAAUUAUUGCCGCCUUGUUGCUCGUCACUAUUGCUUUGGCACAAGCUAGAAACGCCUACUUUGUCUUCUCCGAUGAUGUUGAUGAGUUCACCAUCAAGUUGUCAGACCCAGCCACAAUCCAACACGCUCGUGCUCUCCUCAGCGGUGCCACCACCGAGAAGCCACACAUCAUGGGCAAGGUCGUCGCUCAGGAUGCCUGGUACAACUGGGAGUGGUCCUACCAGCUCAACUCCACCACCAUCAAGUUCUUUGACUUUGCCAUCGAGGUCUGUGACGCUUCCAUCUCCUACGUUGAGGAGCACCUCCAAGAGGUUGGUGGAGCUUUCCUCCCAGGCAACACCUGGUGUCCAUGGGGUUCCCGUUUGGUUCGUGAGGUC